AUGGAAGCAGAAGCAGAUUAUAUUGGAUUAAUGUUAAUGGCAUCAGCUGGCUAUGAUCCUCGAAUUGCACCGGACGUAUAUUUACUUACAGGUGAUGAGGAUGAUGGUUUUGAAUCUUUUGAUUCAACUCAUCCUUCUGGAGUUAAGAGAGCAAAGUUAUUAAAGAAAGCUGAAGUAAUGGAGGAGGCGCUUGAGAUUUACAAGGAAGUGAAAGCCGGCAAUGGUAAUAGUAAAGCAUGGAAAUCAAUGCCACACGGUCAUGGUUUCCAAUCUCCUGAAAGAGUAAGGAAAAAAGAAAAGAAAAAAGAAAGUGCAGCUGAAGCUGAGCAUUGUGGAAGAACUGGAUGUUUUGAUAUAGAAGAAGGUGCAAGGCCAGUCUCAAUGAAGCUAAUUGGGGUCUCAGAACAUCGGUUUGGUAAGCAAACUUAA